AUGUCUGACCAAGGGGCAAUCUCCAUUUUCCCGGCUAUUGGCUCGGAUGAUUUGAUCUCCUUAUCUUCGCCACCUCAACAUAGUCCCGAUGAAGCCCGGUCUCCGUCACCCUUUGUGAUGCCUUCGCCAAUUGGAGAGGGUGAAUCUCCAAUAUCGACUACUCUAGCUAGUGGCCAUAACUUUGAGAUUGGAGGGUUUCUCGGCCAGUAUGAGGAUGUUCACGAGGGCAUACAUCGGCCUGGUCACAUUCACGGGUCACCACCCAGCCGUGCUUCCUCGGGAUUAGCCAGUCAGAUAUUCCCGGAACGUGUCUUCCAGCAUUUUCAGGAGUUUGACCGGGGGCCCACCGAGGUUCCUGAAGCAGAAGUUUCGGGUAACACCGAGUUCUCGGAUUUAGGUCCGACUGGUCAAGAUCUUGCCAGCAGGCUUGAACAGUUAUACCUGCAAGCCAUUAAUUCAGCACCCACUGAUGAUAGCGACCGUUUCGAAAUUUUGACCACUAGUACUUCUUCUGAUAAUCUCCGUGAUCGUAUUGGGUCAUUCUCAGAAGCCAUCAGGGGUCCGACACCACCCCUUCCGCCUCCAGAUAUUUUUUCCUCUAAUGUAGAGCACGACCCUCAAAUGGAUUGGGAGGUUUUGAAAGCUAAGAUGAGUUAUGCUUACAAGGAAAAACUCGAUAAUGGCAUUCUUGACUCUCUUACCAUUCAAAACACUGAUGAUUUUGUCUUUUUCGAUGUCAAGUACACCCACAUCGGCGACUAUCUCGAAAUUGGCUUCGCCCGGACGCCUGUUCAGGUUUGCUUGAUGAAGUAUAGUGGCGAAAUCAUCUAUCAGGCAAAUCUUGCAAUGUUUGAUCCUCGUAACGGGAAAGAAGUAUUAUCGAUGAUACAAUGGCUUGACCUUGUUCUAGACUACCAGUGCACUGGUGCAAUGUCACGUCGCUGGUAUGAUGUUACACGAAUGGACAUAGCCAUUGCCAAUAUGCGAGGAUACUUCUGGUCCACUGAGGUCCCACGUCGCACGAUUCAUCAAAUGAAAAAUGACCUCAAAGCUUUCAACUUUCGUCACAAGAUUCUAUUCACACACGACGGUAACCUUCGACCCUACGAUAUUCUACGAAAGCUUCUCCCUGAAGCCACCCUUCCGCCUCGUUUGGUCACUAUGAGUAGCUAUAAACUCAUCAAAAUAAUCCUCCCCGAGAUGCCCCUCGACCUUUACGAAUUCUUCUACCACCUUGUCGAUCUCGAUACUUUUGACGACCCAACCGCCCCGGUUCUACACAAACAUGUCGCCACCGACGAUACUACAUACAUCCGUCAAAUAUUUUCGUUCUUCGUUCGUGCUUGGGAGUCGUUUCAAUCCGAGGAGGAUGGCCGACCACGCGAAGAUGCCCCUGAACGCUUAGUCGAUGUUUGGGAAGGGAUUCCACCCGAUAGUCCACUCUUUGAGCCCGUUAGUGAGAGUGAUAACGACGAAGAUAUGGGUAUGACACUCUCCGAGGUUGAGGCCUUCGAAUUAGAGGCCGAGCAAGAAGAAGAUUUGAUAUCAAUGGAAGAAUUGGAGACAAGAAGUCUACCCCCACCGGGUUUAACUCUGUCUAGAACCCAUGAAAGCGAAAACUUCAACACUUUUGCCGCUCUCAUAGGAUCUAAAUCCAACGUAGCCGUGGCCGAGAUCUAUCGUUCGGCUGGAGAGGAACACAUGCAGGACCCCACCGCUUCGUUACGUUCUGACCUUUGGGAUUACGACUAA